CCAAAGCGUGGGCCGCCCUCAGAUACAUAUCUUAUUCUCAAAAUAUCUACGGCCUUUCCUCUUUUCGGAGAGACCUUUUGGUGACGUGGCCUACUCUCUAUCCCUAAUUCUUUAUCCUCUCAAAGUCUCACCCGCUCUUUUUGCACUUUUUCCUCCACGUCUGCCCUUCUUCUAACGUACGCUCCACACCCAACGGCCCAGAUUAAACUUCCAUUCCCCAGCGCAUUUUAGUAUCCGCGGCCACAAAACAAGCGACAGAUUUUUACCAACACAACAAAUGAAGCAGACGACUUCGUUUCCUCACACACUCGACCCUCGAAUUACUGGCAGUGACGGAAUAUGUUCGAUCGACGGGAGCCGAAGGUUCAAGUUGAGUAGAUGAAUUUGAUUUGUUAUGGAUCGUAUCGAACUUUCCGUUUUUGGUUCAGUUGAGUUUUCCGAUCAUCAAGUGUGAUUGAUUUCUCCGUUUCCGUUUGAAGUGUGUUGUGUUGUUAUGAUAUUGAAACUGUAAGCCUUUGUGUUUGUUUUUCGUUUUUAUGUUCCGAAAACUCUACUGAUUUGUUCUGUAUGGAGUCCGUAGAAUCAGAAACCCUAAUCCUAGAUCCUUUGUAUAUAAUUACUAUCUAAAAUCGUGCUUUGAUGGAAGUUCUCUAAUGUUGGCUCUGUGUUAGUAGUAGGAUUGAGGGUGUUUUGGUGAUUUUUUUUUGUGAAACGUAAUUGUAAAAUAUAGAGUGAAGACGAGUUGAUUUGAUUGAUGUGGAAGAUGGAUCCAAAUGAAAUUAUGUUGAGCAGAGGUGGCGGUGGAGGAAAUACUAAUGGGACGACAGGGGAGGGUUUUAUUGAUCGAAGUAAAGUGAGAAUUCUACUCUGUGACAAUGAUACGAAGAGCUCCGAAGAGGUUUUUAAACUUCUUUGUAAAUGCUCCUAUCAAGUGACUUCAGUAAGAUCACCCAGGCAAGUGAUUGAUGCCCUGAAUGCCGAGGGACCCGACAUUGAUAUUAUUCUUUCUGAAGUUGAUCUUCCCAUGCCCAAAGGCUUCAAGAUGUUAAAACACAUCAUGAGAGACAAUGCUCUGCGACGAAUUCCUGUCAUCAUGAUGUCUGCUCAGGAUGAGGUUGCUCUUGUUGUGAAAUGCUUGAGGCUUGGUGCAGCUGAUUAUCUUGUGAAGCCCUUGCGCACAAAUGAGCUCUUGAAUUUGUGGACCCACAUGUGGAGGAGACGACGAAUGCUUGGCCUGGCUGAGAAGAACAUCAUGAACUGUGAAUUCGACAUAGUGGCUUCAGAUCCUAGUGAUGCCAAUACAAACAGCACCACUCUGUUUUCAGAUGACACAGAUGACAAGUCCAACAAGAGCCCCAAUCCCGGGAUCCCUCUUUCCAUUCCUCCGGAAUCCGAGAAUAACAUGAUAACACCUCCUCCUAGUUUUGUCAACACACAACCAUUCAACUUAUCAGACAACCCCCCUAAUGUCCCGGAAAUUAACGAACAACACCGAGGGAAAGUUACAUUCGGUCCAAAAAAGAGUGAACUCAGAAUCGGUCAAUCAUCCGCCUUCUUUACAUAUGUCAAAUCAAACACAUGUAGAAGUUCCAUAACAAUCAACGAACCCAUUCCUCCACAAUUAGAAAACAAACUAACCCCGGUCAACCUUAGCGAUACUCAAGGGCAUCAUGAUUUAAUCUCGGGUCCCUCCGACCCAAUGAACUCAAAGACAUUUGAUCUGCCCGAGGCACAGAUCCACCAACCGGGCAGCAACUAUCAACAUCCGGAUGUUUCGGGUUAUAACGCGUAUUCCCCUUAUCCUUAUUACCUUCCGGGCCCGAUGAAUUUACAGAACCAUUACAAUCAUGUUAUGCAUUGCCCGCCACUGCCGCCCCAUCUGCCCGGAAUGGGAAUGGGAUCAUUCCCUUACUACCCGGUUAACCUUUGCCUGCCCGGGGCAAAUGCAAUGCAGCAGCCAUGGAUGGGAUACGGGAGUCCAUCGAAUAAUGUAAAGGUGCAUAGUAAUAAUAGUAGACUUGACCGUAGAGAAGCGGCUUUGAUGAAGUUUAGACAGAAGAGAAAAGAACGAUGCUUUGAUAAGAAAAUCAGAUAUGUGAAUAGGAAAAAGUUAGCAGAGAGGCGACCACGUGUCAGAGGACAGUUUGUGAGGAAGAUUAAUGGGAUUAAUGUGGAUCUUAAUGGCCAACCUACUUCUACUGAUUUUGAUGAUGAAGAUGAUGAUAAUGACAUUGAUGAUGAAGAAGAUGAAGAGGGUAGAGAUUCAUCUCCUGAAAACAAUUUUUCAGUUUUCCAUAACUGAAAAUUUGUUACCUAUUUUGCCAGUAUUUUCUAAUCAUAUAUAUACUAUAUUCUUGGACGACUGUUUUGCCUUUUUUCAAGUAUCUAAACUGAAAAAUGACGGAGUCG